AUGGGUAGGGGAUGCGUCGAAGACGUCAGUUCUAACAACUUAACGUAUAUUAUUGGUGAUCAGGAAGGUACUCUGCUUGAAGAAAUCCUAGGCAGUGCAGGCGGUUCAUAUCCUUCCCAGGGCACUUCAAGUCCAAGGUUGUUCAUCGAAAACAAAUAUUACACUUGUACAGUGGUGUUGCGGAAGUUUGCUUCACUUAAAGAAGCCAUAGUCUGUAAUAAUCAGAAGAAUGGUGAACAAGUGGGAGCUGUUAUUUUUAAGAUUUCAGCGGAGAGUCUAGAUAUUUGCUGUAUGAAAAAAUGCCUGACUGCGUGGGAUGUUGAUACUUCUAUGGUUGUUUGCGAUCAUUUAGAUCCUGGGACAUCAUGGGCAAAUGAGUUGAAGAAAUUCUGUGCGUUAGAAAGAAUUGAAUUAGUGGAAUUAAAUCCUUCAAAGGAAACACUGGAAGAACUCAAGGAAUUUCGAGAAAAAUACGGGACCUCCAGGAUAUUGGAGGUAUUCUAUUUUAAUUCUUUUGGUAAUGAGAAUGAGUUUUUGGUGUUAGAAACAACAAGUUGGCCCGAUAAGGUCAUUAAGAAAUUCCCAGCAAGUGAGAACGAGCGAGAUAAGCGAAACGGAACUAACUAUAAAUCUGAAGGUGAUGAGGAUGACGAGUUUGGAGAAUUUCGAAGUAGUGUUACUGUGAAUGAGAAUUUUGGAGCUCAAAGUACAACUGACAUCAGCAAACAAGUGGAGAGUCUCAAGAGCAGCGGUUUAGAAAGUGCAUUAGGAUGCAAGGGUCAUUCAUGUUCGCUUGAUAAAGGGACUACAAGAGAAAGUUUAAAAGAUGACAUUGAAAAGCUUGUUGGAGAAAAGGAUGAUAGUGGCAACGUAGCAGGAUUACUGCUAAGGAUUAGAUCUCAACUGUCGCAUAUGCCAUUUGGACCUGAAAGACAAAAUCGUGCUGCAGACGCUAUGUUACAAAUACUAGCUGCGUUGGAGGAAGGGGAUAUAGGUGAAGGAACACAGGUGUUAACUGUAAAGAAGGUUUUGUAUGAAACUGGAGAAAAGACAGUUUGUUCAAACAUUAUUCUCUUCACUUUAUUUCAUUCAAAUUUCUCGAAUAAAAGGGACUUUGCUGCCGUUGGAGGGUCACGCAGCGAGCACAUUUUAGAUUCUGCACAAGGUAAUGUGAUUAAGGAUUUUAGACAGCUAAAGGGAAUCGGAUUUAUUUUGAAUGGCAUAGGGGAGAGGGCUUGCGAGUUGCAGAUACUAGCGGCUCGGUACAUUCAGACGGAUGGGAAUUGGAGCUUCUGA